AUGCUUGUUUCAUGCGCAGUUGGAUUAAGUGAAAAGAGGGACUCUAAUGAAAAUACUCCAAUUAUAUGGGCAUGUAUUAAUGGAAAUCUUCAAUUUACAAAAUCUUUUAUUGAAGGAGGUUGUGAUAGAAAUGCAGUUAAUAAAUUCGGACACAAUUGUUUACUUGAAGCAUCAUUAAAUGGACAUCUUGAAAUUAUAAAAUAUUUAAUUGGAGUUGGGUUUGAUAAAAACUGGCGAGAUAAAGAUGGAUUUAAUCCAAUUCUUUGUGCAGCACAAGAAGGUCAUCUUGAAAUAGUUAAAUAUCUUAUCUCAGUUGGAGCAAAUCCGGAUGAGAAAAAUAAUGAUGGAUGGUCUCCAUUAAUUAUUGCAUCAUCAAAUGGUCGUCUUGAAGUAGUUAAAUAUUUGAUUCAAAAAGGUUGUAAUAAAAAUGAUUAA